AUGACCACCCCCACUCUAAUCAACUUGCCGCCUCCCCCAUCGGACCCGGUCACCCCGUCUGAUAUGGGACCAGGCACCCCUAACUCCGGAACGACCUCCCUCUCCGCCCUCUCAACCACGGCCAUCAAAGACGGCCACCAGGGUCAUUUCCCGCAAGGUCGUCACGCCCACCAUUCCUCCACUUCCUCAGCUACCACACUUGAAGCCGAGCGCGCAGACCGCAUCUCGCGACUCGCCGGCCUAGAGCGUGUCGCAACAGCCCGAGCUGGCAAUCAACAAUCUGGCCAUGUCCCCCCGUCUCAUGCCCCCGGCUACUUCGAGAGCCAAGCCCUGAAAGAGCGCAGCACUGUCGGCAGCGCCAGCGCAACGGGCAGCCUUGGUGGUCGCACCACCUGGGCCAGUAGCAGUGAUUUCUAUGACGCUGACAAAAUGAGCGAGGAUCACGAUGAUGAGACCGACAGCGUCAGCAACGUCAGUGAAAGCAAUGCCAGCUUGGUCGGCUUUGGCGAGGGCGCAAACAGCACCAUCAGUGGUCCGACUUCGCGUCCCCCAGGCUUGAACCGUAUCUCGUCCGGUCACGGCAACCGCCCACCUUCAAUGAGCUCGAAUGUCAGCCGCCCCAAUGUUGUCGCUUCGUAUCUGCAGCAGCAGCAGUAUCAUGCCGGGGAGAGAUCGAUGGUUUCACCUUCACCCGCAGGUUCGAGUACCCCCGAGCCUUUGAAUGAGGAUGCCCGCAUGGUUGAUGGAAUGACCUUCGAUUCGGGUGUUGUCGACACCACUGCUCGAACUCCGCGCAUGGCUACGCCAUCGGGUAGCAAUGGGUUCGGCUCACCAGGCCGGGACUAG